AUGUUGAGAAUUGUUCCCUCAGAAAUUGAGACCAUAAAACAGGAUAGCAUGGAAGGCGUCAAUAAUAAUGAAAAUAAUAUUCCUUCAAAGGGUUCAUAUCCAGAUGUUGAAAAAGAUUAUACGACUGUUAACAAUGCUGGAGUAAAUUCUAUGGUCGAAGAGGGUAAAGCGAAUAACGAGUCUACUGGAGAAAAGACGAGUGGGGCCGCAAUUUGGAAUAAUUUAUUUAAAGCUAAUAAAAUACGCGAUGAACUUCAAACACAAAUCAGAUUAUACGCCGAAAAGAUCAAGCCAAUUGAAUUUGAAUCAUAUCACGAAUAUUUUCUCAUAAAAACAUUUAAAAAGGGUAAGUCCGCUAGUGGGCAUGUUGAUAUUGACAGUUUACGAAGAAGAAAUUCCAGCAUAUAUUACAAAAAGAUUAAAAUGCCUGAAUACACAGCUCCUGGAGGUUAUACAAACUCCUCUGGAACAUCAUCUAACAAUUUGUUAUCUGAAGAGGAAGACGAGGAAGACCAGGACGAUGCAGAUUUUUGUGUUGGAAGCGGCAAAGGUGAUGCCAGAUCAUAUCCAGAUGACUUAUAUGGCGACCUCGGUGACAAUGUAGGGCCUGCAAGGAAAAGAAGAACAAGGGCACAGCUUGCUGCCCAAAUUGAAAAGGAUGAAGUAGAAAAUGCGGUCUCUCUUAAAAGUGAGGAUGCUCAAAGUAAAAAAUCCCCUAAUCGUGAUGUAUCAUACUUAAAUAUUAGUACAAACAAUGACUCGGAGAAUCCAAGGAGAAGAUCAUCAAGAUUAUCUCAAAAGUUUAGUGAAAGUAAAGAAGCCUCUUCUAGUCCAGAUACUCAGCCAGACGAUCGCACCACAAACAUUCGGGAUCUAUAUGAGUCCCUAGUACCAAAAGUACGCCAGCCAUAUAGGAGGUCUGAUUGGAUAUUGCCUUCGAAAUACAGAUAUACUCCUGAAAAGCAAAUGCGAACAAGGCCUGUAUAUGAGAAGGUAAAGAUAAACGAACUCGUUGCUAGUGAAAAAAUACGAAACGUUCUAUCAAGAUUUGAAGGUGGUGUUGCUGGUGUAAGGAAAAGAGGUUGGAAUACAGUCAGUUGA